AUGGAUAGCAGUGAUAAAGAAAGUUCAACUCCGUCACCAGAGAAGGAGCCAACCCUAAAUUCUUCAGCUUCUAAGAACCUUGGAGCUGGGGAUGGAACUACACUCGAAGAACAGUACUUGACAGGCUAUAAAUUAAUCGGAUGUUUGGUAGCGAUUCUAAGUUGUUUGUUUCUCAUUGGUAUAGACCAAACGAUUAUCAUACCCUUGUUGACAAUUGUGGGUAAUCAAUUUGGAGCAACGGAGAAAAUUGGAUGGAUAUCUUCAGGAUUUUCAUUUUCACUCACAGUAUUUACGCCAUUUAUGGGAACCUUUUCAAUGGCAUUUGGUAGAAAACAAACAUUGCUGGUAUCUGUUAUUCUAUUUGAGGCAGGAUCUUUGGUCUCCGCAUUGUCCAAUAGCAUGUCAAUGCUAAUUGCCGGAAGAGUGCUUACAGGAUUGGGUGGUGCAGGAAUUCAAUCAAUUUCUGUGAUUAUUGCUUCAGAAAUCACCCCAAUCAGCAAAAGGCCAAUUAUUAUGGCCCUCGUUGCACUUUCUUUUUCUGUUUCGUCAACACUUGGUCCAAUUAUAGGAGGUGCUUUUGCAAGCAACGUUAGCUGGAGAUGGGCUUUCUACAUAAACCUUCCAAUUGGUGGUGUAGCAGUUUCACUUUUAUUCCUGUUCUUUAACCCACCAAAACCAAAGGGCACAUUUUGGGAGAAAUGCAAGAAGAUUGAUUAUUUUGCUACAUUUUUGAUUUGUGGAGGUUUGAUUUUCAUUCUUCUAGCAUUAACUUUGGGGUCAUCAAUGCAGUACCCUUGGAAUUCAGGAAUCGUGAUCUCAUUUUUUACAAUUGGGGGAUUGUUGACUGUUGGAUUUUGUAUUUGGAAUUUCAAAUAUUCGUUUAAUCCCUUAAUUUCAAAAGAAGUAAUAAAAGUAAUCCAAAUUAAUGCUUGUGCAAUGACCACAGGGUUUGCAUUUGCCGCAUUCAUUGCACCUACCAUUUACCUUUCAGUGUAUUUACAAGUUGUACACGAGAUGACACCCAUGAGAACAGGUAUUCAAAUUUUACCUACGGUUAUAGGUGUUGUACUUGGUUCUAUGUUCGUUGGAAUCUUUAUGAGAGUGACUAGGUAUACGAAACCAUUUUCAGUUUCUGCAGGGAUUCUAGGACCCGUUGGGAUUGGAUGCUUACUCUUAUUGAGGACUCAUACGACAACCAGUCAAAUGAUAGGAUUGUUCACCCCCUUUGGUAUUGUGACAGGUGUUGCGUCACAAGUAUCAUUUAUGUCAGCACAACAGAAAGCCCCGAAAGUCAAUGGAGGACUAAUUCUAACUGUUACUUAUAUGGGUUUUGCAAAAUGUCUUGGUGCAACUUUGACUGCGAAUUUGGCAGACACUGUAUUUUCAACAAGCUUAAUUCGGAAGAUCAAUCAUUUAAUCCAGACAGAGCCUGAUCCAAUCAUUGCUUCCGAAAUAGCAAAUUUAAAUCCCAAGUCAUUGUUGCAGUCGUCUAAAAUCCUAUUUAAUUUCAGUAAUGAGACUAUCGGCAUCAUCAAGGAAGAAUACAACCUGAGCAUUUUGAAUGUCCUCUAUAUGUCAUUGGCUUUUUCGAUUGUUGCAAUGAUUUCGUCGCUAUUUCAUACAAACAAGCGAAUUCCAAAAGAUGACAAAAAGAGCAAUAUUCCCAACAAUUCUACAGAUGAAGCUUAG